CCCACUGGGAAAGUUUCUCCCAGAAGUCUCCGCUGGUUCCUUGUUCCUCUGUAAACAAAACAAAGACAGAUUCAUGGCUGCGGGGGGCAGGACAGCCGGGAUCACACAGCAGCACACAGAAUCCUAACUUCCUAGAGGGAUGGGUCGGCUGGAUGACCACGCAAAGCACAGGAUAGUCGUACUGAGGAAAGCCGGUCUCAGUUUUCGAAAGAUCAAGAAGGUCCUGGAGUUGGACAAUAUCAAGGUGACACCACAAGCCAUCUACCUCUACUUGAAGCGAAAGAAGAUUGAACCGGAAAAGUCAUCCAGCGCCUCUUCUCAGAACCCAGCUACAAAAGCACAGGGCUGGGAACAGGCUCAGCUCUGCAGUUUACUACAGGAAAGCAGCGGGCAGAAAAAGGAGGGAGGCAAUCAGGUGACCAAGGAGGGAAAGACCGCAAGUGAUGUGAAGGAAGAGAGCCAAGAAACCGAGAUCAAGAUUGUGAGCGUGACGUCUCUCUCCAGUGUAAACCAGUCACUUGCUCCACCAAUCAGCACUUCCAGAAGUAUCCGCCAAGGACAGACUGUGCAGGAGACACAACCCUGUCCUGUCCGUCCAGCCCAGAAUCCCAUUGUAAAUGGACCCAGACUCAACCCUGCCCAACCAGCACCUCACCAUCCUCUGAAUGGAAGAGCCAGGACACCUUUGCCCGCACUUAAGAACCCAGCGCUGCUUGUCACCAAGAAGAUCGUGGACAGAGCCAUCAACUUACAGAAGAAGGUCAUCUUCCAAAAUGGCCUUCAGCUCUUAAUUCAUGGAGGAAAUUAUCCACUUGCUGCAUCAGCCACCAACCAGCAAGCUGUGAGACCAGUGGCUCCACCUAAUCCUCAGGUGACGGAUGCCACCACACAGACAGCUUCCUUCCCCCCACCUAGGACAGAAGUGGGUACAGAACAGCUGGACUCUAUAAGAGGGGAGAUCCACAGACUGACACAAGUCAUGCAAUCUCUGAUUGACAGGCAGAAUCGUUGGGAACAAGAACAAAUGAGGCAAAGACAAUGUCACCACCAGGAGGUGCUGUCUCAAAUCCAGCAACUUGGAGCAACACUGGGGGCAAAGAUUACUCAGAACUGUGCCUCAGUCUCCGGCAGCCAAGAGCUCGAGGCUUCUCUUCCUGACCUGGGACAUUUUAAAUUGGAGUUGUAGGGAGACGGUCGCUGAGCUGGACCCAAGCUGAGUGCUGCUUUCUGCAACUGGAAACAGACAAUGAGACCUGAUGGGAGACUCUGCGCUUAUAGAGUAUCACACUUUAACCUCCUAACUGGAAUACACAGGGGCUAAUUUUUUAAAACUGGAAAAAAUUAGAGGCAGUUUCAUGAAAGUGUCAGGUCUUCCAACCAGCACUUCCACUCACUACAGAGGGUCACCCUGCACUUUUUCACUACAGUAGCCAAGCCAGUAGCCAAGCUCAUCACCUUCGACAUGAAACUCCACCCAUUUCUACUAAGCCCCACCCAUUUGCCAUAAUAUGCCUGGUGUAACACAUCGGAUUACCAUGACAUAUGUAUGAUGCAGUAGGUAGGCAGGAACUCUACUUGGAAUGAUGUUGUCCAGAGUAGGUAAAGCCCAACUUCCAGAAGCUCUGUCCUUUUAUUAUUGUUAUUUUGUGUUUGCUGACUGUGUCCUCAUUGGGGUGAUGUCAUAAGAAAUCUCUCCAGUGGUGACACGGAAUGAGACAAAAUAGUUGUUAUAAGAAGGAUCUAAAAGCAUUAAAGGAGUUGUAAAGGCAGAAAGUUUU